AUGAAGUUUUCGACCCUGUCGGUAGGCAUUCUGGCUCUCCUGACGCCACUGACGGCGGCAUGGAGCAAGGAAGAUCGUGAAAUCUUUCGCAUCCGCGACGAAAUCUCGGCGCACGAGGCUGACCCCGAGGCCACGUUCUACGACAUUUUGAACAUCCCGAAGCAUGCCUCGCAGGACACCAUUACGCAGGCGUACCGCAAGAAGACGCGCGAGCUCCAUCCUGACAAGGUGCGGCAGCAGUUGCGGGCGCGCAAGGCCAAGGACGGCAGCAAGUCGGGCAAGAUGCCCUCGUCGUCGGAGAUCAAUGCGGCCGUGAAGAAGGCGUCGGACCGCCAGGCGCGCCUGUCGUUGAUUGUGGGCAUCCUCAAGGGCUCGUCGCGCGACCGCUACGACCACUUCCUGGCCAACGGGUUCCCUCUGUGGAAGGGCACCGACUACUACUACAACCGCUACCGGCCCGGCCUGGGCACCGUCAUUGUCGGCCUGCUCAUGUUUGCCGGCGGCGCGGUGCACUACCUGAUCCUCUACAUGAACUGGAAGCGGCAAAAGGAGUUUGUGGGCCGCUACGUCAAGUUUGCGCGCAACACGGCCUGGGGCGGCAACAUUCCCGGCCUCAACACGGAGCCCGCUGCGGCACCGUCCCCUGCCGACGCGCCCGCCGAGGAGGAGGACGCGGCCAUGCCGCAGCCGCGCAACCGCAAGGAGCGUCGCAUGAUGGAUAAGGAGACGCGCAAGGAGGACGGCCGCUCGUCCAAGAAGAAGUCUGCCAAGCGCACCGCCUCGAAGCCUUCGUCGCGCGAUGCUUCUGUGGCGCCCACGGGCGUCAAGAAGCGAGUCGUUGCUGAGAAUGGCAAGGUGCUCGUUGUCGACUCCAUGGGCCAUGUGUUCCUCGAGGAGCAGGAUGAGGAGGGCAAUGUCCACGAGUAUCUCCUUGACCCCGAGGAGCUUGCUGCGCCCACGUACAAGGACACGGCCGUCGUCCAGGUCCCUCUUUUCCUGUUCAAGGCUUCCGUCGGCCGCCUUUUUGGCAGCAAGUCGGAUGCCGAGUUGGAGGCGGACGAGGUUGCAGACGACGAUUCGGACGAGGCGCAAAUCACGCCGACCAGCACCGACUCUGCGGGCGAGGACUUUGAGGUGAUUAGCAAGAGCACCGAGUCGCUGAGCAAGGCCAAGACGAGCGGCGCGCAGCAGGCCGGCAAGCCGAGCAAGCGCAAGAACAAGAAGAGGUAA